AUGCUCCGCACACUACGUCCAGGGCCGGAGUCCAAGGCCGUGAGGGGCAUCGUGUUUGGUGCGUACCGCGAGAUCGCCCAAUGUGCAUGGGGUGCUGUCGUGGACGGCACCCUCACCGUCCCCGUCCUGGACUUCCCCAAGAUGCGGCGGGUGGUGGGGGUGCCCGAGGGACAGGACGUGCUGGACUUCCUGGCCGGGCUCGAGCCGGCAGAGCGUGCGCAGCGUGAGGCGGCGCUGCACGCAGUGGAGGAGGAGGGCAUGGCGGCCAUGCAGGUCAUGCCCGGGGUCGAGGAGCUGGCCAAGCACCUGGACGAGCGAGCUGUGCCCAGGGCACUCGUGACGAGGAAUUUGAAACGUGCCGUGGACCUGUUCCAUGCCACGCACUUUGACCUGCCCCCCUUCGAGCCCGUGCUCACGCGGGAGUUCCUGCCAUACAAGCCUCACCCGGCGGCGCUGCUGCACAUUGCAGAGCACUGGGGCAUCACGCCGCAGGAGCUGGUCAUGGUGGGAGACAGCGCCAAGGAUGACGUCGUGAGUGGGAAUCGUGCGGGCGCGUGGACUAUCCUCCUGGACACCGAGGGGACGCACAGGGAGCGCGGCCAGGGCCUGGAAGGGGACCUGCGGCCCCACUUCUACGCGGCCUCCAUGCAGGAGGUGCAGCAGAUCCUGACCACCGAGCUGCAGCUCCCCAGUCCCCGGGUGGCUUGA